AUGGCAAAUGAGCCCCAACCUUCUUGCUCUCCUCCCACGACAAAAUUAGCGAUUUUCUACCGAGGAGGCUACGAAUCUCAGCUUCUGGUAAACGCAACGGGCUACGGCACAGAUAAGAAAUGGAAGCUAUUCGAGAAACAGAUGCGAUUCGGACUAGCACAGAGGGGUUAUACUGCGGAUAAAUUCCACUUUUUGGAAUUUCAAGUGCUUGGGACCCCGGCUGCCAAUCCGUCCAGUCAAUUUCAGAGCACAACAUAUUGUCGUGUAUUCGUGCAGGCCGGGGAUGCAAACACCGUCAUGGCGGUACCGAUGGUCAUGGGCGAGUUUGCCAUGCAGCACUUCUCAGGUUUCCAUCUCUCCCUAGAUCGACGAACGGCCCUGCCACGCCCUUACCUCGCGUUCUGCCCAGCUCUCUACCAACAACAUUCCCUCAAGGAAACUGUAAACAUUCUCAGCCCCUCACGCCCCGGUAUGGGUGAUGGUGGCCAAGAAUUCACAGCCACCUCAUCACCAAUCCCCGCCGGCCACCCGCCGACCUUCGAACCCCUCGAGGCGCGGAAAAACUAUGAUACUAUCUCCCCAAUAGACCUGAGCACGCUCGGCCCGACAACGCGCAUGCGCCUCGGCGACAUCGCCCUCGCGCGAUCAGGGGAUAAGGGAGCCAACAUCAACUUGGGCAUCUUCGUGCGGUCAGCGGGCCAGUGGGAUUGGUUCCGCAGCUUCAUGACACGAGAGAGGAUGCGGGCGCUAUUGGGCAAAGACGAUGAUGGAUACUUUAUCGAGCGGGUUGAGUUCCCGAAAUUGUGGGCGGUGCAUUUUGUGAUAUACGGAAUUUUGGGGCGCGGGGUGAGUAGUUCGACCAAGCUAGAUUGUCUGGGGAAGGGUUUUGCGGAUUACGUGCGGGAUAAGGUUGUUCAGGUUCCUGUGAGUGUUUUGGAGGUGGGGAGGUUGUGAUUGUGCCUUUUU